UCUAGUACAUACUGACACAAUCUCUCUUCUUCUUCUUCUCCAUAUCAACUUCUAUAUAUAGCUGAAGCCAUUAACAACAUCACUACGUGCACAAAAACGCUACAGUGUAAAAUGGCCAAGUGCUUAUUAGGUUUCUGUUUAAUGAUACUUGUGCUCGCAAAUGCAUUUGCAAAAACACCAACCACCUUGAAUGAAACAUGUGUAGAUGACAUUGGUUUUGAUCUCCAAUUUAACAUAUACCAAGAAAGCUGCCCAGAGGCAGAAGCUAUCAUUUUUUCUUGGGUUGAAACUGCAAUCUCUGAAGACCCGAGAAUGGCAGCUUCCUUGCUUCGUCUUCACUUCCAUGAUUGCUUUGUUAAUGGCUGUGAUGCUUCAGUGCUGCUAGAUGACUCUGACAACUUUGUGGGUGAAAAAACUGCCCCACCCAACUUGAAUUCUUUAAGAGGAUUUGAAGUGAUCGAUGACAUUAAAUCCGAACUGGAAUCUGUUUGUCCUGAAACUGUGUCCUGUGCUGAUAUUCUUGCUACAAUUGCCAGAGAUACUGUUGUUCUAUCAGGUGGACCAAGUUGGGAAGUCCAAAUGGGGAGGAAGGACAGCUUGAGUGCUAGCAAAGCUGCAGCCUCUAAUAACAUCCCAGCUCCAAAUUCUACAGUGGCAACACUUAUAGCUAAUUUUCAAAAUGUCGGCCUUACAUUAGACGAUAUGGUUGCUUUGUCUGGUGGACACACUAUAGGUAAAGCAAGAUGCUCAACUUUCAGCUCCAGGCUACAACAAGGGACCCAGAGCUCUAACGGCCCUGAUGUCGAUUUAGAUUUCAUUCAGUCGCUACAGCGGUUAUGUUCAGAAUCUGAGAGCACCACAACACUAGCACACCUCGACCUGGCAACACCUGCAACGUUUGACAACCAGUACUAUAUUAAUCUUCUUUCAGGAGAGGGACUACUACCAUCAGACCAGGCACUUGUGACUGACGAUGAACGAUCACGCGGCCUUGUUGAAUCCUACGCUGAGGAUCCAUUGCUGUUCUUCGAUGAUUUCAAGAAUUCAAUGCUUAGAAUGGGAAGCUUAGGGCCACUGACUGGGAACAGUGGGGAGAUACGUAGGAACUGUAGGGUUGUUAACUAAACUUGGAAGCCCAUUAACCCUCAUAAAAGUAAACACGGUAAUUUCUAUAA